CAAUGCACUGGGAAAGCCCACGGUGGUACGUCGAGGCCCGCCUCUGAAGUAUUUGAACGCGUGUGGCGCAAUCUGGGCGCAAGAUUAAUAGUAAUAAUAUACUUGAUUGAAUAAUAGAAAUGGAUAUUUGAAUAUCAACCGAGACCAACACAUAAUGUUAGUGCAUAUUGAUGUGGAGAAUCUGGAUGAGCAGUCAGCGUUCACAAUUCCAUAAUUUGAAAUAUCUGAAAAUUUGUCAAGCCUACAUUUACAUUAGAAGAACUGAUUAUCUAUUUCCUAUGUCAUCAUCUUAUCAGACAUCAGUGGUCAGCACCCCUCUCCCUUUGCCUACCCACUUCUCUCAUGCCCAGCAGUCCUUUUCCCUAAAGAAACGGAGACCUCCCUUCUCUUCCUCAUCAUCUUCUUCCCUGUCUCCUCUGCGGCCAUUAUCUAAUUCUUUACCGCCACGGCCACCAUCUAAAGGAUGUCCCCCGCUCAGUCGAGUUUUCUUCCAUCACCCUACUCCGUGGACGCCCCUGUCACGCUCCCUUAUUGAGUCGCCCCCUCCUUGCUCUGUGUAUGACCCGUCUCGACCUCAGUCUUUUUUCAGCCAGUGCUUUACCAACCUGGGCCUGAUUGGACGAGGUUCCUUUGGUGAGGUUUUCAAGGUGGUGAGUCUGUUGGACGGUUGCCAGUACGCUGUCAAGCGUUCAGUGCAGCGGUUCCGUGGUGAGGUUGAACGAGCAAAAAGCAUUACUGAGGCUUGGAAUCAUGAGAGACUACUGCCACACCCUUAUGUGCUGGGUUUCAUUGCGGCUUGGGAGGAGGCUGGCCACCUCUACAUCCAGACUGAACUCUGUUGUACCAGCCUACAGCUAUACGUUGAGGAAUCGCCAUUUCACACUGGUGAGACAAGUGCCUGGACAUACCUGUGUGACAUGCUCUCAGCGCUCAACCACUUGCACGCUCAUGGGUUUGCCCAUCUGGACAUAAAACCAGCAAAUAUUUUCAUUACAAAGUCUGGACGGCUCAAACUUGGAGAUUUUGGCUUGUUGAUCAAGCUACCUAGAGAUGUCCAAAAACAAGUGAUAGAGGAAAAGAGAGAAAUAAAUAGAGAGGAUGAUUUACAGGAAGGAGACCCCAGAUAUAUGGCCCCUGAGCUAUUGAGAGGGGAGUAUGGGACUGCUGCAGACAUCUUUAGUUUGGGUGUUUCCAUCCUGGAGUUGGCCUGUAACAUUGAGGUUCCUAAAGGAGGAGAUGACUGGCAGCAGCUCCGAAAGGGUCACUUACCAGCAGAAUUCACUAAUGUGCUAUCAGAAGACAUGCAGUAUAUGCUACAGCUUAUGCUAACCCCAGAUCCCUGCAAAAGAGCCACAGCACAGCAUCUGCUCUCUUUGUCCACUGUGUGCAAACGGAAGUGGAGACGGCAGGUUUACCUCUGCAUCACUGAGAGUUUCCUGUCCUUAUUCCACUGGUGUCAGUCCCUCCUUACAGCCAGUUGGAAUUUUUUAUCUUCUCUCAGUCUGCUGUUUACCUCUGUCUAUGAGUCCUCAUCAACCUGUACUCCUCCAAGAGAGAGGUGGGAGAGAGACGUGGAUGUCAGCAACAUUAACAUAGACUCGGAAAGCCCCAUUCAUAACUGUGUGUUCCCUCCAGAUGGCCAUGAACACUCUCCCACCUUCAAUCACAGAGUCCAGGAAAGCCUAUCUGUUGGCAGUACCUCUACGCCACUGCCAAACACACACACCGACCCCCCACACACAUCACCGCACAGCCACGGGACACACACUUCCUCCAGAAUCCAUUCCAGCAGCAGCUCGAGUCUGAUUCAUCACAGCUCCCAGCGCAGUCUCACAGACUCACCCAGCAGCCGAAAGAGAAGCUGGAUCUCCACUGACUUGUCUGAUAAAAGCAACUUUGAGCCAAAGAACUUGCUCAGCCUCUUUGAUGAGACCACCCUAGAAAGCAAGCCUUGAGUUGGGAAUGCAACUUUCUUAUUAGUAUAUAACAAAUGUGUUAUUUUUAAUGUAGUUGCCACCUGACCUGUUGUAAGAAAAACAUAUAAAGCCUGUUUAAACAUGUUUAAA